UUUGGCGGUGGCGAAGAAGGAGAAAGAGCUCGCUGUUCCCCGGCGCCAUGGACGUCCUCUUGGGAUCCAUUGACGUCCGAGAGCUCCUUUCCACCCACGACUUCGACGAGGCCUCCCCCCUCUCUGCCCCUGAUCUCCGCCUCCUCAUCGAUCGCCUCCAGGUCCGCUCCAUCCACAUCCAGGACAAGGUCCGGGACUAUGUCCUCUCCCACCGCCAUGACUUCACUGACAUCUUCUCUCGUUGCUCUGAUGCUGCAUCCAAUGCCGACGCUGUCGCCGCUUCGCUUUCCGACGCUUUACGGGUUUUGUCUGACCGCCCGAUUGAUCUUGAGAUUCGGGAUCUGGUGGGGGAGAUUAGGAGCAAGAGGAGGGAGCUGGAGGAAAGGAGGGAGGCGUUGGCGGUGGUUAGGACGAUUUCUUGCCUCUCUGAAAGGUUGAAAUCCGCGAGGGAGGAUUUGGUGGCUGGGCGAUUGGUUGAGGCUGCUGAAACCGUGCGGGAUUUGAAGGGAGCGCUGUUUGUUGGCGAUGAGCAUGGCGAGCAGGAGCCGGCUGUUUUUGGGUUGUUGAGGGAUGAUUGGAAUGGAUGCUUUGAUGAGCUGCAAAACGUGCUUUCACGGAGUGCGGAAAAUGCUGUCCAAUUUGAAGUGGAGGAUGGAAAACUGGUGUUGAAAUGUUGGUGGAGCAUUGGUGAUCGAAAAGAUAUCAAACUACAUACGGUUUUGGAGGCAAUGGAGGUAGUUGGUAUUCUCAAUUAUGGAUUAGCAAAGGUUGCGGACCUAAUGAUCAAACAUGUCAUGAAACCUGCUGUAAGUAAUGGAUCAAUGAAUGUUUUUGUUGAAGAGCUUAGCCAAGAUGAUGUAGACAAGCCUCAGGCAAUUCUGAGCCUUAUUCCAUCAUCUGAUGCUGAGGAAUGUCCAGAUGGUUCUGCUAUUUAUGCAAGGAUUAUUCAGGUCAUAAAGUUCAUCUAUAAAUUCAUCUGCCUCCAAAACGGUUCAUGGAUACAUUGCUUUGGAAGAUUAAUGUGGUCAAGGUUGUCAGAUCUUAUAAUCUCACAUUUUCUGUCUAAGGCUGUUCCUGAAGAUGCUUCAAAGGUGGUGGAUUUUGAAAGUGUUAUGAAACAUACUGCAGAAUUUGAGACCAUGCUGAAGGAAAUGAAGUUUAUUUCCAGCAAUGAUAGCAGUGAAGAAAAGUUGAGCCAUUUUACUCACAAUGUUGAGGUCCACUUUGCUUCAAGGAAGAGGAAAGAAAUUUUGUCCAAGGCCAGGAAUAUACUUCUGCAGUUUGACCAUGAAUUUUCUUCUGAAAGUACUUCAAAACAAUUUUCUCCAGCUUCUGGCUGCACAGAAGGCUUUUCAGAAUAUGAGGUUAAUUUGCUUUUCCAGCCUGAGAAGUGCUUUAUAUCCAAAGCAGCAUCUCAACUCAUGAAUUUAGUUCAUGAAGCUCUAAAGGAUGCUUGUCUCUCAUCCACUAGAGUUGGAAAGGAAUUCUAUCAUGCUGCAAGGGAUUCUCUUCUUCUUUACAAAGCUAUUAUCCCCGUAAAGCUAGAAAAGCAAUUGGAUAGCAUAAGCCAGUCAGCUAUGGUCAUGUACAACGAUUGUGUUUAUUUGGCCCAAGAGAUUCUUGGUCUUUCGUUUGAGUAUCGUGCAGGUCUGCCUAACAACUUAAAAGAGCAAGUGGUGUUUGUGGAUCUGGCGUCAAAUUUUAAUCAGAUGGCAGAGGGAAUACUACUAAAGCAAGUCAAAUUAGUAGAUAUUAAUCUGGAGGAGGCUCUACUCGGUGCCAAUGGCUUUCAGAAUACACAUCAACCUCAACAAUUUGAAUUAGCAAAAUUCAGUAUAGAUCAGGUUGUUUUCAUCUUGGAGAAGAUACAUAUAAUGUGGAUGCCUCUCAUGCCAGCUUCGGUCUAUAAACGAACAAUGUGCACAAUACUUGAUUUUGUCUUCUCUGAGAUCACAAAAGAUAUGCUCCUUUUGGAUGACAUGGCAGCUGAAGAAACUUUGCAGCUCCAGAGACUGAUACAUAUAACAUUGGAGAACUUAUCCUCGUUGUUUGAUUCCAUCACUGCUGAUGUUAAUGAAAGGGAAAAACCAUCGAAGAAACAUAUAUGGGACCAACUAGAUAAGAUGAUUCCAUCCUUGAGUAAAUUUCGCAAACUUGCAGAUUUACUUGAUAUGCCUUUGAAAUCCAUAACGAGCACAUGGGAAAGCGGAGAACUGGCAAAUUGCGGGUUUACAUCAUCUGAGGUAGAGAAUUUUAUCAAGGCAAUUUUUACAGAUUCACCGCUAAGAAAAGAAUGUUUAUGGAGGAUACAGAGCAUUAACUUUUAAAACUUUACAAAUUCCCGGAUUAUAACCGGAUUAUAAGUAUUAUUCUAUGGAUUCCAUGUACAAUAGUAGCACACUUGUAAAUUUUUCUUCAUCUGAUAAAAUUUAUAUAUAUCAAACUGUUCUAAGGCAAGACUGUGUAACUGUGUUAUUGACUUUCUUUUUCUAUCUAAACUAGUCUAUGUCAAUCAAUUGUAUUAUUAGU